GAAGCUGAAGGUACCAUGUCGUCAGUUGCAGCUUACUACAAUGGGAAGUCCGUCCUUGUUACAGGAGCCACAGGAUUUAUGGGCAAAGUACUAAUAGAAAAGCUUCUGCGCUCCAGCCCUAACGUGAAGGCUAUUUAUAUUCUUGUGAGACCCAAAGCUGGACAGUCGAUGCAAAACAGAGUGGAGAACAUGGUGAAAUGCAAGUUGUUUGAUAGAAUCAGAGAAGAGUGGCCCAACUUCCAUGAGAAGAUCAAGCCGAUCAAUGCUGAACUCACCCAGCCAAAUCUGGCAAUUGCUCCCGAGGAUGCUGCAGAGCUGCUAUCAGAAGUCAACGUUGUCUUCCAUUGUGCUGCAACCGUUCGCUUUGAUCAGCCACUAAAGCUUGCCCUGUUGCUCAAUGCCAGGGGCACCCAGCAGCUCCUGGUAUUGGCCCACCGGAUGCAGCAUCUUGAGGCCUUCAUCCACUUUUCAACUGCCUUUGCCAACUGUAAUCGGAGUCAUAUAGAGGAAGUCGUCUACCCUCCUCCCUUGGAGCCCAAGAAACUUUUUGACCUUGUGGAGUGGAUGGAUGAGUCUCUUCUUGAAGAGAUCACACCCAAGCUUAUCGGGGAUUGGCCCAACACCUACACAUUCACCAAAGCCUUGACGGAAUAUUUGGUUCAGCAAGAGAAAGGGGACUUAAACAUUGCUAUCAUUAGACCAUCUAUUGUGGGUGCCAGCUGGCAUGAACCAUUUCCCGGUUGGAUUGACAACAUCAACCACUUCAAUGGUUUCCUAAUAGCGGCUGGAAAAGGGAUUUUAAGGACAAUAAAAUGCAACACAGAGGCAGUAGCUGAUAUUGUUCCUGUAGAUGUGGCUAUCAAUUUAAGCCUUGCUGCUGGAUGGUACACUGCAGUUCACAGACCAAAGUCAAUGUUGGUGUACAACUGUACAACAGGCAGUAUGAAUCCAUAUCGCUGGGGAGAGAUGGAAUAUCAUAUCUUAGCUGCAUUCAAGAGGAAUCCUCUGGAGAAAGCCUUCAGAAUACCUGGUGGUCACUUGACCUCAAGCUACUUGAAACACCAGUUUAGGACAGUUGUCAGUCAUAACAUCCCAGCCUUUCUCUAUGAUUUGUAUUUGCGGUUAACCGGAAGGAAACCAAGGAUGAUGAAGCUCUUGAACCGCUUGCAUAAGUCUAUGACAACCUUUGAAUAUUUUUCCAGCUGCACCUGGGAAUGGAGUUCAGAUAAUAUCAACAUGUUAUUGAAUCAGCUCAGUCCAAAAGAUAAGAAAUUAUUCUGCUUUGAUGUCCGGCCACUGCAUUGGUCAGAAUAUAUUGAAAAUUAUUAUUUAGGAGCUAAGAAGUAUCUACUGAAUGAGGACAUGGCGGGAGUCCCUGCAGCAAAACAGCACAUAAGAAAGCUGAGGAACAUUCAGUAUGCAGUCAAUGCUUUCCUUCUUGUGGUCAUUUGGCGUGCGUUCAUUGCAAGGUCAACAAUGGCUCAGAACAUAGGGUGUUUUCUGAUGGACCACAGCUAUAAGAUCCUUAACUACUUCAGAGCUUCGAGUUUGCUCAGAUAUUGA